GAUGCGUGCAGACAAGUCUAUCUCAAUGUUAGGACUUUGAGAGCAGUAGUUAGGUUUGCCAUUUUUCAUCACUCCAUGGACCUUUUGCUCCUUUCACUUCAAAUUUUCUCUCCACGCAUCAAAACCGUCCAAUAAAAACUUCAUGAUCAUAUGUGAUCAGCAAAACAAGCCUUCAAGUUUGAAGUUGAAAAACAUGAAGGAAAUCGAUGAACCAAAGUUGAAUCCUUCGGAGAGGCCGGAAGAGGAUCAGGAUCACGACGAGAGGGAGGAGGAGGAGGGUUGUGACGAAAAUAAGCCGAAAGCUAGUGAGAGCUCGAGCAACACCAUAUCUGAUGAUCAGGAGGGUGAUGAUGAUCGGAAGAAGGUUAUAAGUUCCGGUGGGGUGAGGCCGUAUAUGCGAUCUAAGGUUCCGCGGCUAAGGUGGACUCCGGAUCUCCAUCUGUGCUUUCUUCAAGCUAUAGACCGACUCGGUGGUCAACAAAGAGCAACACCCAAAUCAGUUCUACAACUGAUGAAUGUCAAGGGCCUAAAUAUUGCUCAUGUCAAGAGCCACUUGCAGAUGUACCGGAGCAAAAAGAUUGAUAAUCAGGGCCAAGUUAUAAAUGGUAGGGGAGGGUAUCUUACUACAAGAGCAGAUGGCCUAGCCCACAAUCUUUGGCAACCCCGGGUGCUUGAUCCAGAAUUUAGGCCUGAUUUCAGAUGUAGGGAAGUUUCUUGGAGUGGCCAUGGAAACUGGACACCAAGGUCUUGCGUAACAAAUGAGAGGCUUCAUGACCUCUACGCGGACAAUGGUUCUACGUUCACAAUGGAAAACAAUGGCAAGAAGAAAACCCAUCACGAGUUCUCCAAAGAUUUGAAGCAGUACUACUGGCAUGGAAACGAAGGAGAGAGUAGUACAGAUUUGAUUAACAACUCCGUUGUUCUGGACACCAGUUGGAGCACCAAUGGAGGCCAAAAUCCCAACAGAUCAUUGAAGAGAAAAGCCCAAGACAUGAUGACUGACGAGCUUGAUCUCAAUCUGUCACUAAGCAUGAAAUCAAAACAAAAGGAGGUGAAGGAAAUGCUUUGGGAUGAGGAAGUGGAUAGUAACCUCUCUCUCUCUUUGUUUUCUUGUGCUAAGAAAGAAAAUGGGUUCCAUGGGUUUGAAUUUUCCAUCAGAAAGCUAGCUGGUUAAUUGAAAGAGUUCAGCUAUCGGUCCAACGUACGUAAGUAAAACUUGUCAUUAGCAUCUCUGACGAAGAGAGAACAACAACAACAGAACCCAUUUAGUAUCCGACAACAACAAAACAAGUCAAAAAAAUCAUCUCUUCAGAAAUAUUGGAGGUAAGAGUGUGUACAUGUUGCCCUUAAUUUUUAGGUUAAUUCCGCGUGCUCUAUCUGGAGUUUGGUGUCUCGUAAUUAAACUGGCCAGUGGCCGGCAAUUGCCAUAUAUUUUUACUAUUUUUUUUAGGUUUUGUGAUGUGGUAGAAGAUGAUAUUGCGAGGGAGUGAACAAGUACUCUAGAGAUCUCAUGACGACGUAUAAAUUUAGCCAAAUUCUGGUGAGAUCUUGUUGGUACUUGUUUCAGAA